GACAUUCGAAUCAAACGUUCUUGAGGUCAUUUUAGUUUUAGUUGGAUAAAGACUGACCAGUAGCAAUGGCUGCCGGUUUCAAGAUAUUUUUGCUCGUGCUCUUCUCGUACGUCUGUUAUACACAGGCCAAUCCUAAGGUGGUUUGCUACUAUGACGAAAAAGGCAACUCCCGACAAGGGCAAGGCAAAUUCGAUGUUGCCUUCUUGGAACCAGCUUUACAAUUCUGCACACAUUUAAUUUAUGGGUACGCAGGAAUUGACCCAAAUACCUACAAAAUAAAGCUGCUAAAUGAACAGCUAGACCUUAACCAACACAACUUCAGACAAGUUACUGAACUUAAGAGGAAAUUCCCUGGUCUUAGAGUUUUCCUUUCGGUUGGUGGUGAUAGGGAUGUUAGUGGAGAAGAAAAUGAGAAAAAUAUAGUUUACAGGAAUGUGUUAGAAGCAGUUGACCGUAGAUUAACUUUCAUUAACUCUGCCAAAGAUCUAAUCAAAAAUUACGGAUUCGAUGGAAUUGAUCUUGCAUGGGAAAUGCCAAGAACUAAACCAAAGAAGAUUUUCGGAGCUGUUAAAAACUUUUUCGUCGGAUUAAAAAGGAAAAUAGUUGGUUCCUCAGUUGUAGACGAUAAAGCAGAUGAACAUAGAGAACAGUUUACUGCCUUCAUUAGAGAAUUUAAAAAUGCUCUUCGUCAUGAUGGAUUCUGGUUGACUCUUUCUGUUCUACCCAACGUUAAUAGCACAGUUUAUUACGACCCUCGUGCAUUGGCUCCACAUUUGGAUUUCGUUACCCUUCAAAAUUUCGAUUUUUACACUUACGAACGUAAUCCCAAAGAAGCAGAUUACUCAUCUCCGUUAUACAAAAUUUUUGACAGGAAAGAUGAUGAAAAUGGUGACUACCAAGUUAUGUAUUGGCUCAACAACGGUAUGCCAGCCAACAAAAUACUUUACGGUAUCCGCACCUUCGGUCGCAGCUGGAAAAUGACUGAUGCGUCUGGUUUAACUGGAGUACCCCCACUAACUAUCGAAGAGGCUCCCGGUGAAGCUGGUCCUUACACUCAAGAACCAGGCUUACUUAGCUACAACGAAGUCUGUACCAAAAUUGCAAAUCCAACCGAAAUCAAAGCAGGCUACGUAGGAAAGCUUAGGAAAGUCAAUGACCCCACCAAGAGAAUGGAAAUUGAGUAUUGGAAUACUACUGAUGUAUCAAAACGUUUUGGAACUUAUGCUUUCCGUGAACCAAAGAACGGCCAAGAAGGUAUCUGGGUAUCUUUCGAAGACCCCGACACAGCUGGCCAAAUCGCUAGCUACGUCAAAGCCAAAGGAAUUGGUGGAAUUUCCCUAUUAGAUUUAACCUUGGACGAUUUUCGUGGACUGUGCACUGGGGACAAGUAUCCAAUUUUGAGAGCAGCUAAAUUUAGGUUGUAAUAGUUUUGUUAAGAUGAUUUACACAUUACUGACGAGAUUGUUGAUCAAAUAUUUAUGUGAGCUUGUUGAUAUUUUCUAUUAAAUAAAUUAGUGCCUACACAACA